AUGUUCCGAAAGCUCCAGAUUCAUCACUCUAUGGACAAACCCUUCUCCACCGCGUCAUGCAGUGGCCCCGGACCUGACAACGCAAACUACGGCGCGUUCUGUGGCAAGCGCGCUUCACAGAUCGGGUCGCUGACGGCGCUCAUCAACAGCCCAGGGCACGCGCUUUUGUUGUCCACGUUCGGAGUGCUCGCCGGUGCUCAGAUCAUCGAUGUCUUCGACGGGGACGUGCUCUCGUGCGCCCUGCGCUCGCUUGAAAGGAGCCUUGGCCUCACGCCGUCGCAGAUGGCGCAUGUGGCGAUGGCAGGCACCAUCUCCAAAGCACUGGGCGCGCCGUUGUGGGGCGUUUUGACCGACAAGUAUGACCGGCGGCUGGUACUGACAAGUGGGAUACUAUUGUGGGCCACUGUGACGGCAGCGCUGGGAAUGAUCGCUUCACCGACGGCGCUGGUCAUCGUGCGCGCCAUCAACGGUGGUGCGCUUGCGUCCAUAGGGCCGCUGAGCCAGAGCUUGCUGGCUGACCUGACGCCGCCCCAUGUACGUGGCACGUGCUUCGGACUGUUCCAUGGUGUCGGUUCUCUGCUGCCGCUGCUGGCCUGA